AUGCAACAACAACAAUAUCAUUAUAUGGUCGCAUCGUCAUCGUCCAUCAAACGUCUUGCAUCGUCCUCAUCUCCAGGCCUCAUUCUUCAACCAUCCUCAAACGCAUUUACGCCCGAUCAUUUUUCAAUGGCGCCGUUAGCGCCCAAUAAUCUGCAGUGUAAUGGUGCAGCGGCCAUGCUACAACAGCAACAGCAGCAGCAGCAACCGCAGCCUUAUCGUGCCACCACUAGCCAACAACCAAUCGCGGGUACACUUCAUCCUAGCGGCGCUCAAAUGCCCACCAUUCCUGCUCAUGUGCUACCCGAUGGGAGCGAUUCUUAA